UUUAAAUUCAGCUUCCGUUUCUAGUUCGUCACCUAUUUUAGCUAAGUUCUGCUUGGAUUCUGGAUUUCUUGAGCUUCAAUUUGGGAAAGAAUCUGAACCGGGGACAGGGAUUAUAGUUGAUCUCCGAACUUCUCAACUAUUUAGGCUAAGCCCUGUUCAAUUCCUCUACAUGUCUGAAGCUUGUGAAGCCAGCAAAGAGACAACCUUUUCAAGGAGAAUCACCAUUCAUUUUAAAGAGGAGAAAGACUGUAGUUCCUUCCAUCGCGCCUUCGAAAAGUGGAGAAAACAAUUGGAUGUACAAGCACCAACUUCUAAAAGCAAAUUUGAUGAUAAAAUUGAGGCAUCUUCUGCCAAGAUGUACUUUCACUACUAUGAACAGCUUCUACAUCAACAAAAUAUGUUGCAGGACUAUGUCGAGAUAGGAACAUAUUAUGCUACAGUUAUUGAGAACCGGUCUGAUUUUCAUGGUCGGGUAGUGGUUGAUGUUGGUGCUGGUAGUGGAAUUUUGUCAUUAUUCGCUGCUCAGGCUGGUGCAAAACAUGUUUAUGCUGUAGGAGCUUCCAAAAUGGCCGAGUAUGCACAAAAGUUGAUUGCUGGCAAUCCAUUACUAGAUGAAAGAAUCACUGUAAUAAAGGGAAAGGUUGAAGAUGUUGAACUACCACAGAAAGCUAAUAUAUUGAUUUCUGAGCCAAUGGGAACAUUGCUAGUCAAUGAAAGAAUGCUUGAGUCAUAUGUGAUUGCAAGAGACC